AUGGUCAGAAAUGGAAAUUUUAAAUGCAAAAUAUGUUUAGCUUUGGGAAAUCAUCUGUUUGAAAAGAUGAGAGAAUUUCUAAAAGUUGCAUGUUUUCUGUGGUUUGCAAUCCUUUUUGCCAAUGGCCGCCUGCUGAGUAAAUCUGCUAUUGCAAAUCCUGGCCAAGCGCAAAGUAACAUUGAGGUGAUCACGGAAGUGCAAGAAGAAGUUAGCGAAGGGGUGGAAGUAGACGAAAUUCAGAUGAUAAUGGAAAAUAACGGAGAAAAAAUCAAAGUCGGUCACAGCCAUCGAGAGUAUCCCACUGAAUUUCACCUGAACCUUAAAUAUGCAAAUUUGACCUUUCUUUUGAAAGUGAAGGCAAAUGACGUUAUGAUGGGAGUAAAGCCCAAGCUGAUUUACUACGAUAACAAUGGAAAGAGAAUUGUGGACGAUGAUCAUGAUGAUGGAUGUUGCUACUACCAAGGCUAUGACGUAAACACGCCAAACACUUCAGUAGCGAUCAGUGUAUGUGAAGAUGGCAUGGAUGGAGUCAUAAUGAUGGGAGACAGGCAGCUUGUAAUUAAACCCUCGAAGAAGAAGAUGUACAUGCGUGAGUCUGCCGAUCGAUUUACACUUGGACCCCAUGUGCUGAAAGAAAGUCUUGCGCAGAAAGAAGAGAAGUUGAAAUUUGAUUAUGUUCAUAUACCGGAGAACUUGACAAUUAAUCAUAGAGCUAAAAGAAGUUUGGACCAGAUGACGGAAACAAAGUAUAUCGAAUUAUAUAUGCUUGUCGAUCAUACGUAUUUCGUAUGGAUGGAAAAUAGCGUUGAUAAGACUAUGAAGCGAAUAAAGCAAGUCAGUAAUAUAGUUGAUUCACUUUAUUUUCCAUUGAAUGUACGGGUAGUUCUCUUGGCUGUGGAUAUUUGGACAGAUGGCAACAAAAUGAAUGUAGAUAAGAGUAUAAGCGGAACGUUAGAGAGAUUGUAUGACUAUCGUAAGUGGCAUGUCUUGCCAAAAUUUGAAAACGACUGCACAAUACUGGUGAGUCGAGUAGAAUUUGAUGGACCUGCAAUUGGUCUUGCACCGCUGAGUGGUAUGUGCAAUACAAAGUAUUCUUGUAAUGUCUGCCAAGACACCACUUCGGAUUUGACAAUUUUGGCUGGCACGAUGGCACAUGAAAUGGGACACAAUCUAGGUAUGGACCACGAUAAGUAUGAUUGCCGCUGUUCGCAUUACGCUUGUUUGAUGAACCCAUACUCUCAAAAUCCAAUGCCAAAGAGGUUUUCAGAGUGCAGUGAAUGGGAUUUUAAAGCCUAUUUGAGAAAGGACCUUGCAUACUGUCUGAUGAAUGUUCCAGAUUUUGAAAGCGGGUUGUAUAUUGAUGACAGAACUUGUGGCAACAACAAGAUUGAUCCCGGAGAAGAGUGCGAUUGUGGUAAACCAAGGUAUUGCCAGAAUCCUUGUUGCGACGCGUUUAGGUGCAGGCUAAAGAAAACUUCGCAAUGCUAUGAAGGCGGAUGUUGCGUUGAUUGUAAAAUACAACCACGUGAUACAAUAUGCAGGCGCUCGAAGGAUUUCUGCGAUUAUGAUGACAAGUGCGACGGGAAUAAUCCAGAAUGCCCGGAGGACGCUUUUUCCCCCAACGGCGAGCCUUGUAAGGAAUAUAGCAGAGAUGGGUAUUGCUAUGAUGGCCAAUGUAGAACACUCAAAAGUCAAUGUCGCUACGUGUGGGGAGGUAUGUCAAAAGAAUCAAACUCUGUAUGUUUUAACACCCUGAAUACAAGGGGUGACGAACGUGGUAACUGUGGCUACGCCGGGGGCUACAUCCGCUGCUCUGGGGCUGACGCCAUGUGUGGAAGAUUGUUUUGCACAAACGUUCCAGCGCAUGAUUCAGUACCAAUCAUUGGCUUUAUGCCAAGACGAUACACUAUGAGUGUGUGGGGAAAUGGCCAGAACCAUGAGUGUGUCACUGCCAAGGUUGAUCUUGGUAGACAAGCUCCUGAUCCAAUUUCAGUAUUCACAGGGGUGAAAUGUGGUGAUGGUAAGGCAUGCAAAGCUGGCAAAUGCAUACCCGUCACAGAGAUUGCGAGCCCCCCUUGUAUUGAUGACUGUCAUGGAAACGGAUUGUGCACCCACAAGGGGACAUGCUUGUGUAUUUCGGGCUACGCACCACCUACUUGUGACAAGUUUGAAGUCGUUGAAGGUCAAAACAGCAGUGGGAUGCUGGCAUGCAGUUUUUUAUUGUCUCUACUGAUACCUUUUGCAACGUACUUGUUGAUGUAGUAAAGAAAAAAGGACAAAUUUGAUCGAAGUCAACUGGAAGCAGUAGAAAUAUAUUUUAAACAGUAGAAAAUAUAAUUUGUUUUGAAAUUGAAAUUUUUACUUUUGAAUCGCUUCAAAGUUUCCCCAACAUUUUGCCAAGGGGUCUGAUGUGGUGAUGGAAAAAAGCCGCAAAGUUCUUUGAAAGCAAUAUAGGUUUUGGAAAGUUAAAAGCAGCUGAAGUUUUAUCAGCUUAGUUUUUAACAUUUUUACCUAAAACUCUGCCUAAAAUGGGUUUUCCCUUUUUCUUUGCCCUUAAAAUGUUGAUUAGUUAAGUAAAUACUUACAUUCAUCCUAUGCCACUUCGUUUUUCUACAACGGGAGUGGAAUUGCAAUGGACGUAGAGGAAACAAGUCAUUAGAGUGAUAAAUAUUUGCAGCGACGGGACAAAGAAAAGCCCUGUAUGCCGGGACGAAAUAUUAGCUAGUAUUAACCUGCUUAAAGUGUUUAUUGUUGUUUGUUCUUGGCACGAUGUGGUGUUUCUAACUUUCUACAAAAAUAUAUUUGUCUGGUUCUUUAAAUGUAAAAAGGGUAUGUUUCUGUCUACGCGUGUAGACUUCAUGCACCAUGUACGUUAAUAUAGUUCUCAUUCUUAUUAAACUCUCCACACGUGAUGGAAAUUUGCAAGUAGAGCCAAUGUGAGUCCCCCUGAACUGAUGCUAGGUCCAAUACACGGAGAUUUGUACUUUUGCAGUGCUUGUCUACAUCAGAUUAAGAACUCGACCUUACGUCAAGUAUGACUCCGAUAGUCUUUUUAUUCUUAUUUAUCACCGAUUAACAAAAGUCGGUGUCAUCCAAAAUGCAAAGAAGUUAAAUUGCAUAGGCCCCAACACAGAGCUUUGUGGAAACACCUAAGGAAAGUAUCGAAUGCGUGACCAAUUUGAAAUUCAUGCCCCUUUUUGUACACGGAACUAUCUGUCUUUCCUUACUUUGCUAGAUUUCUUUAGAGAGUAGAGCUAUCAAAUGUUCAUCGUCAAAGCAGUCAAUAGCCAACUAGAGGGCAAUCAAAGGACAACUUAUCAAGACACUCUAUUUUUCAGCUAAUUUAUUUUUAAAACUUUUGAGAAAGCAUACACCAUCAUCAUAUAUAUCAAGAACUCCAAAGAUACUUUGAUUAUGAAACUUGCAAAAUGCAUUACAGCCUCAAGGAUCAUUAGAUUCUAUACCAGCCGGGAACUGAUCAACAAUAAAAGACUCAUUUUUCAGCAAACCUAAUGACAUCAACUUCUCCAACAUUGACAUUCUUGUUAUUGGUCCCCUAAAGCUCUUGAUCAAAAUUUUUGCUUAGAUUAGUAAGAAAUAUUAUAGACUUUGUUCGGGAGACCAAUCAUACCCGUCCGCCAGACCCGUUUCGGGGGCAUUGCACGUGCACAUUAUAACUUGAAGUCCUGGCGGCAAGUUCAAGAGUUUUGUGGUCACAGAAGACAGCACAGCUAUGAAAAACUGCUAUUGAUGCGCAUGUGCCAUGACCCUGCGAGACUGAUUGGUUUAGUCGGUAUUGACUAAAGGUUUCGUCUUCCGAGCAUGACUGGUCUGUUACAUGAAACAAUGUAAUGAAAAUAACUGUCUGUGAAAAAAAGACUGCCAUAUUUCCCCAUAUAUUCAGUUUCAACACCAAAUACCGUCACCCUGAACUAACUCAUGAACACGAUUUUUUGUCUUGAAAUUAUAAGAUCUUUUUGUUUUAUCAAAUCUUCUUUAACAUUCAUUAUAUACUAAUUUAGCAUUCAUUAUAAAUUAAUUUUGUCAUCGCAUAUAUUGUGUCAUCGUAUUUCAAACAUCUUUUUCACUUCUAAUGGCAAAGUUUUGGUUGCAAAUUGUUCAAAAAACAUCUAAAAGGCUUGCAUAUAUGAAUCUUGAUCCUGGGUUCCACAGCCACAAAGAUUCGAUCACGGAAAUAGAAGAUAGGAAUGGAAAAGCGGAGUAGCGCCUAUAGGGCCGUCACGAGGCAAGCCUUUUAUUUGGGGGGGGGGGGGUUGUGGACUACAAAUUUACCUGAUUAAAAAUGUUUUUGCCUGAAAUUCUUUAGUUGCUGUCACAAACCUCUGCAAUACAUUUUGUCAAUCUAACUCUAGCUAUAAUUCGCAACUUUCAUUUUUAUAUAAUGAUAACGGACUUUCCUAAUAGUUUUGUCAAAUCUCUGUAUCGGGCAAAAGAUAUAGUCA